CCCUGGGUGAAGGAAGUGUUGGAAGUGGUGCCCAGCAGUCUGUGAGGUCUCCGAGCUGAUCUGCUCCCCAUCUCCCCAAGGAUGAGUCUCCAGGGAAUGUUCUGGUUCCCCUUGGGGCUCCUCUUUGGCUCCGUGCUUUUGGGGGCCUCGGCCCCGGCCACCCUCGAGCCUCACGGCUGCAGCGACAAGGAGCAACAGGUUACCGUCAGCCACACCUACAAGAUUGACGUGCCCAAGUCCGCUCUGGUCCAGGUGGAGACUGACCCUCAGCCCCUCGGUGAUGAGGGGGCCUCGCUGCCGGCCCUGGGGGAGGCCGAGGAACAGAACAUCAUCUUCAGGCACAACAUCCGCCUGCAGACGCCACAGAAGGACUGUGAGCUGGCAGGCAGCGUCCAAGCCCUCCUGGCCCGAGUAAGGAAGCUGGAGGACGAGAUGGCGGAGGUGAAGGAGCAGUGCCAUGUUCAGCGCUGCUGCCAAGGUGCUAACGGCCACUGCAGCGGCCACGGGACCUUCUCCCCGGAGACCUGCGGCUGCCGCUGCGAGCAGGGCUGGGAGGGCGCCGCGUGCGAGCGGCCCACCUGCCCCGGCGCGUGCAACGGCCACGGGCGCUGCGUGGACGGCCGCUGCGAGUGCGACGCGCCCUACUUGGGCGCCGACUGCGCCUACCCCGCCUGCCCCGAGGACUGCAGCGGCCACGGCGUGUGCGUGCGCGGCGCGUGCCAGUGCCACGAGGACUUCACGUCCGAGGACUGCAGCGAGCGCCGCUGCCCCGGCGACUGCGGCGCCCACGGCUUCUGCGACACGGGCGAGUGUUACUGCGAUGAGGGCUUCCGCGGCCCCGACUGCGCCCAGGUGGUGGCCCCCCAGGGCCUGCAGCUGCUCAGGAGCACGGAGGACUCCCUGCUGGUGAGCUGGGAGCCGGCCAGUGAGGUGGACCACUACCUCCUCAGCUACUAUCCUCUGGGAGAGGAGCUCUCGGAGAAACAGGUCCAGGUGCCCAAGGAGCAGCACAGCUAUGAGAUCCUCGGUUUGCUGCCCGGCACGAAGUACAUGGUUACCCUGCACAACGUGAAGAAGGAGGUUUCCAGCAGCCCGCAGCACCUGCUUGCCACCACUGAUCCGGCUGUGCUUGGCACUGCGUGGGUGACUGAGGAGACUGAGAGCUCCCUGGAUGUGGAGUGGGAGAACCCCCCGACCGAGGUGGACUACUACAAGCUGCAUUAUGGUCCCCUGACGGGGCAGGAGGUGGCUGAGGUCACUGUGCCCAAGAGCAGUGACCCCAAGAGCCGCUACGACAUCACCGGUCUGCAGCCGGGGACAGAGUAUAAGAUCACCGUCAUCCCCAUGAGAGGAGGACUGGAGGGCAAGCCGAUCCUCCUGAACGGCCGCACAGAAAUUGAUGGCCCAACCAACGUGGUCACUGACCGAGUGACAGAAGACACAGCGGUGGUCUCCUGGGCCCCAGUCCAGGCUGUCAUAGACAAGUACGUAGUGCGCUAUACCUCAGCUGAUGGGGACACCAGGGACACGGCGGUGCCCAGCGAGCAGAGCAGCACCAUCCUGACGGGCCUGAAGCCAGGGGAGGCGUACAAAGUCUACGUGUGGGCCGAGAGGGGCAGCCAGGAGAGCAAGAAGGCCGACACCAAGGCCCUCACAGACAUUGACAGCCCAACAAACCUGGUGACUGACCGGGUGACAGAGAACACGGCCACCGUCUCCUGGGACCCGGUGCAGGCCGUCAUCGACAGGUACAUGGUGCGCUACAUGUCUGCUGAUGGAGACACUGGGGAUGUGCCGGUGGGAAAGGACCAGAGCAGCACCGUGCUGAUGGGCCUGAGGCCUGGCGUGGAGUACACGGUCCAGGUGUGGGCCCAGAAGGGGGCCCGGGAGAGCAAGAAGGCUGACACCACGGCCCCGACAGACAUUGACAGCCCAACAAACCUGGUGACCAACCGGGUGACAGAGAACACGGCCACCGUCUCCUGGGACCCGGUGCAGGCCGUCAUCGACAGGUACAUGGUGAGCUACACGUCUGCUGAUGGAGACACCGGGGAGGUGCCAGUGGGGAAGGACCAGAGCAGCGCCGUGCUGAUGGGCCUGAGGCCAGGCGUGGAAUACACGGUCCAGGUGUGGGCCCAGAAGGGGGCCCGGGAGAGCAAGAAGGCUGACACCACGGCCCCAACAGACAUUGACAGCCCAACAAACCUGGUGACCGACCGGGUGACAGAGAACACGGCCACCGUCUCCUGGGACCCGGUGCAGGCCGUCAUCGACAGGUACAUGGUGCGCUACACGUCUGCUGAUGGAGACACCGGGGAGGUGCCGGUGGGAAAGGACCAGAGCAGCACCGUGCUGACGGGCCUGAGGCCGGGCGUGGAGUACACGGUCCAGGUGUGGGCCCAGAAGGGGGCCCGGGAGAGCAAGAAGGCUGACACCAUGGCCCCGACAGAAAUUGACAGCCCCAAAAACCUGGUGACCGACCGGGUGACAGAGAACACGGCCACCGUCUCUUGGGACCCGGUGCAGGCCGUCAUCGACAGGUACAUGGUGCGCUACACGUCUGCUGAUGGAGACACCGGGGAGGUGCCAGUGGGGAAGGACCAGAGCAGCGCCGUGCUGACGGGCCUGAGGCCGGGCGUGGAGUACACGGUCCAGGUGUGGGCCCAGAAGGGGGCCCGGGAGAGCAAGAAGGCCGACACCAUAGCCCCGACAGACAUUGACAGCCCCAAAAACCUGGUGACCGACCGGGUGACAGAAAACACAGCCACCAUCUCCUGGGACCCGGUGCAGGCCGUCAUCGACAGGUACAUGGUGCGCUACACGUCUGCUGAUGGAGACACCAGGGAAGUGCCGGUGGGAAAGGACCAGAGCAAUGCCGUGCUGAAGGGCCUGAGACCGGGCGUGGAGUACACAGUCCAGGUGUGGGCCCAGAAGGGGGCCCAGGAGAGCAAGAAGGCCGACACCACAGCUCCGACAGACAUUGACAGCCCUAUAAACCUGGUGACUGACCGGGUGACAGAGAACACGGCCACCGUCUCCUGGGACCCGGUGCAGGCCGUCAUCGACAGGUACAUGGUGCGCUACACGUCUGCUGAUGGAGACACCGGGGAGUUGCCUGUGGGUAAGGACCAGAGCAGCUCCGUGCUGACGGGCCUGAGGCCGGGCGUGGAGUACACGGUCCAGGUGUGGGCCCAGAAGGGGGCCCGGGAGAGCAAGAAGGCCGACACCAUGGCCCUGACAGACAUCGACCCUCCCAAGAACCUUCGUCCAUCUGCUGUCACACAGUCUGGAGGGGUGUUGACCUGGACGUCCCCCUCUGCUCAGAUCGAUGGCUACAUUCUGACCUACCAAUUCCCAGAUGGCACCGUUAAGGAGGUACAGCUUGGAAGAGGGGACGAGAGGCUUGAGUUGCAAGGCCUUGAGCAGGGAAUUGCCUACCCAGUCUCCUUGGUUGCCUUUAAGGGUGAUCGCCGCAGCAGAAGCGUGUCUACCACCCUUUCCACAGUUGGUGCCCGUUUUCCGCAUCCUUCUGACUGCAGUCAAGUUCAGCAGAACAGCAAUGUUGCCAGUGGUCUGUAUACCAUCUACUUGCACGGUGAUGCCAGCCGGCCCCUGCAGGUGUACUGUGACAUGGACACGGAUGGAGGUGGCUGGAUUGUCUUCCAGAGGCGCAACACUGGGCAGCUGGAUUUCUUCAAGCGCUGGCGGACCUACGUGGAAGGCUUUGGGGACCCCAUGAAGGAGUUCUGGCUGGGACUUGACAAGCUGCACAAUCUCACCACUGGCACCUCCACCCGGUAUGAGGUGAGAGUGGACCUACAGACUGCCAACGAAUCCGCCUAUGCUGUGUACGAUUCCUUCCAGGUGGCCUCCAGCAAGGAGCGGUACAAGCUCACAGUCGGGAAAUACAGAGGCACAGCCGGGGAUGCUCUUACUUACCACAAUGGAUGGAAGUUUACAACUUUUGACAGAGACAAUGAUAUUGCCCUCAGCAACUGUGCCCUGACACAUCAUGGUGGCUGGUGGUACAAGAACUGCCACUUGGCCAACCCCAAUGGCAGAUACGGGGAGACCAAACACAGUGAGGGGGUGAACUGGGAGCCGUGGAAAGGACAUGAAUUCUCCAUUCCUUAUGUAGAGUUGAAAAUCCGCCCUCAUGGCUACAGUGGAGAGCAUGUCCUGAACAGAAAGAAGCGGACAGUAGGAGAAAAUUUGAGAACAUUCUGAUGGCCUAUUUGAACAGUCAUUGCACGAGACAAGACCAGCCCAGGGUUGGGGCUGUGUAGGCUUGGGGCAAGGUGGGUAGUAGUGACUGGUUAAUGGAAGUUAGAGGGAUGCUCCUGGCCUCUGGCUUCUGAGAUGGCUGGGUAACCUCCAGAACAAGUGUGUGACCAAGCUUCAGACCGCACAGGUUACGUCUCUGUCACCUGCAUUUCUGCCCAUCUAUAUUGGGGGCCUGCAAAUCAACACAAUAGUAGUUGUGAGAAAGACAACACCGGACUGCAAGGUUUGUCAGUCUGUUUUCAGUAACAAAUAUAUGGGAUUGGGGGAACGGGGGUUAAGAAAAGAAUCAUCUAGCAUUUUGCCAAUUGAGAGUCUCUGGAAAUUGGUGUAUAUAUAUUUAAAGUUCUGCUAAUAGAAAUCUUUUCUCUAGAAAGCAGUACCAAGGAAGUGUUUUCUUUGAUGACCAAGGAAGGGGGUAACGUAGUCUAAUACUUGUUGCCUCCCAAGACCAUUGGGUUUUGAGGAAAAAAGUAUGAAUCUUCCCCUGUUUUAAAAAUGCUAGAUUAGGAGAAAGAACAAAGGGAACCACAAGGGACCAAGAUGGAUUCACAUCUAGUGAAGUUGUGACCAAUGUCCAGCAGGCUGGGAACCCAGCUUCCACGUUACCGCGCUUUUCAAGUUUCCCCCUUCCCAUGUAUUUGCAUAGUUACUUUCAGAGAUCUGCAUAUGUUGUGAAUAAAUUCUCACACUCA